AUGGAUGAUGAUAAUGGGCUUGAGCUUAGUUUGGGUCUCUCAUGUGGUGGAGGGAAAGCUAAGGGUAAUAUCAUCACUAACAAUGCUGGAACCUCCUCUGAGAAUCACAAUCUAGAAGGAGGAGGAGGUGAUAGAAGUGCUAAAGUGAUUGAUGACUUCAAGAACUUCCUUCAUCCAACUUCUCAAAGACCACCAGCAGAGCCGCAGAGUUCUGAACCUUUCUUCAAUGAACUCUCCAAAGCUCCUAAUACUACUGAGGCUGCUGAAGCUUCCACGAAGCCUUUGUGGGUGGAGGAUAAUGAGGCGCCCAAAGAAGCUGGAAGCAGCAAAAGAAAGUUCGGGUUCCUCCCGGAGAUGAAUGAUGAUGAUGAAAAGAAGAAAGACAAUGUUGAUUUGCUGCAAGAGAAGAAGACUAAAGCAUCCCAUGUUUCGAACGCUACUGAUGAAGGAUCAACUGCUGAUAACGAAGAUGUAGCGGAAUCUGAAUCAGGUGGUGGUGGUGGUUCUUCUUCCAACCUCGCUAAGGACAACAUAGCAGGUCAAAAGAAGAACAAUCCUGAAGAGUUUACUACAAACCGCAACAUGAGUUACAAUGUGCCUUACACUGUUCAUCAUCCUCCACAGAAUGUCCUCACUGGUUUACCUUACUCUUUACCAUCUAAAGAGUCUGGACAACAUGCUGCAGCAGCAGCUACUAGUCUAACGCAGACUACUGCUAAUACUGGGAAUCUCCCAAUUAUGUUCGGAUACUCACCGGUUCAGCUCCCUAUGCUGGAUAAGGAUGGUUCAGGCGGGGUAGUCACUCUUUCUCAGUCCCCAUUUACCGGAAGAGGUAAGCAAACCUUUCCCUUUAUAAUAGUCUUACUUGCAAAGAUAGUAACUAUCUUUUUUACCUCUCAAGAAGCUACCGCGAAAGGCGAGGGGAAACAGCCUGUUGCUGAGGAAGGCUCAUCAGAGGAUGCAUCAGAACGACCAGGAGACAACAACAACAACAACAUUAGUACAGCUUUCUCUUUUGACUUUUCUGCUAUAAAACCAGGAAUGGCAGCUGAUGUCAAGUUUGGAGGAUCUGGGGCACGUCCUAACCUGCCUUGGGUCUCAACCACAGGCACAGGCCCUCACGGUAGGACAAUCUCUGGUGUAACAUACAGGUACAACGCAAACCAGAUCAAGAUUGUAUGUGCUUGUCACGGCUCACAUAUGUCCCCUGAAGAGUUUGUAAGGCAUGCAAGUGAGGAGUAUGUUAGCCCUGAGGCAUCCGUGGGGAUGUCAGCUGCAUCGGCUCAUACCUGAAAAAGGUCGCCGGAGAAAUGUGUUGGUCUUUGUAAACUAAUGGAAGAAGGGAUUUGUAAGACAGUGCCAAAGUUUUAACGGUGCUUUUUAGCUAUGUUUGUUGUAAACUUGUAAUCUCUCUCUGCUUUGCUUGUUUUGUUACUUGUUUUCAACAUUUAUCUCUUUGCUUUUGUAUCUUGAUAUUAGUAGUUUUGUAAGCUCUUCUUCUUCUACUUUUUUGUUGGUA